AUGGUGUUGGACAAACUUCGCGCCAAGUUCCACAUCCGCAAGGACCUCGGACGUGCCUUCCUUGCCGAGUUCACCGGUACCUUCUUGCUUUGUCUCAUCGGUCUUUCUGUGGUCGCGCAGAAGGUCCUUCCAAGACCAGAAGUCAACGAAUUCAUCGGCGUCAACGUCGGCUUCGGAAUCGCCAUCGUUUUCGGUGUUGCCGUUUCGGCGAAACUCUCUGGAGGACACAUCAACCCAGCCGUCUCCCUUGCCUUCCUCUCAAUCGGUCAAAUCACCAUCGUCCAAUUCCUCGCCUAUUUCGUCGCCCAAUUCCUCGGAGCAUUCUUCGGAGCCGCCGUCGUCUACGCCGUCUACAAUGACGCCAUCAACGCCUUCGACGGAGGAGUUCGUACUGUUGGAGGACUCAAGGACACCGCCGGAAUCUUCGCCUCGUACCCAGCCCCACACUUGGGACUCCUCAACGGAUUCGUCGAUCAAUUCGUCGCCACCGCCGUCUUCGUCUUCUUGAUUGCUCACAUCGUCGACAAGCGUAACUCGUACCCAACCUGGCUUCAACCAAUCCUCGUCGGAACCGGAUUCGUCGCCAUCGGAGCCGCCUUCGGAUACAACUGCGGAUACCCAGUCAACCCAGCCCGUGACUUUGCCCCACGUCUCUUCACCGCCAUCUUCUACGGAGGAGCUGUCUUCACCAAAUGGUUCUGGGUACCAAUCGUCGGACCAUUCGUCGGAGCCGUCGUCGGAAUCUGGUUCUACUACUUCUUGAUCGGAUUCCACACCCCACAAGACGCCGAGGAGAAAUACGUCGUGCUCACCGGAAACCAGGAACUCAAGCCACUCACCGCCAAGGAGUAA